AUGAAACCAUGGCUUCUUUUGUUACCUAUAAUACUAUUGUUAAGUAUUUCUGAAGUUGUUUCGAGAAAAUAUGACUGCGGUAGGUGAAUAAUCAAGUGACUUGGAUACAAUUCCAUAUUCAGAUUCUUAUGAUGAUAGUGGAGACUCUUCAUAUUCCAAUUCCAAUUCCGAUGAAAGUUCAGAUUCAGAUGAAUCGGAUGAUUUACAAUCUGACACUGAAAAACAUCAUCACAAUCAUAUACACAACCACAAUCACAACCAUCAAAAUACUCACAAACCAAAAAGUACUAAAACUACUCGAAAACCUCACACACAUAAACCGAAACCUCACACACACAAACCGAAACCUCAUACACACAAACCAAAACCGAGAACAAAACCACCAAAGAGACAUCCUCCACGACCAAAAGUUUGGAUUUGUCCAGCUGGUUGGAACAAAGUUAGCCGAACUCGUGGACAUUGGUGUAUUCACGUAUUCGCUGGAACUUUGAACGUCACAGAUGCAAGAAAUCAGUGCAAACGAUAUGGAGCAGUUUUGAGUGGUGUCGAAAAUGAGCAAGAAAGAAAUUUGAUUCAUUCAGCAGGUAUCAAGAUUUUACGAGCGCUAAAUCAGAAUAUUAGACAAGGAUCGGUUUGGAUUGGGGCGCAAAGAAGAGCUGCGUGUCGAGGAGCGGCGAAGAAAAAUGCGGCCGGAUGUGUUCCGUGGGCUCCGAAUGCUUUUGAAUGGACUGAUGGAUUUACGACUGGUAAGAAGAUGUUCCGAUUCAGACCAGCUCAACCUGAUUAUUUAAGGUGAGUUAUCCAAUGUUAAUAAUUUUCUUCAUCUCCCAGAAGUUUUGAUAUUGAAAGUUUCAGUUUCUAUAGUAUCGGAAUGUUUUAUUCCAGUUUCCAGAGUCAAAACAAAACAUUUUUCAGAGAUGCGCAAGCACAUGUUUAUAUGCAUAUAAUCGAUAUGCUUGUUGGAUCAGCUGGUGCAACUCCAGGAAGUCUUGAUGAUAUUCAAGGAUCAAUAAAAUCUAGCACCGUAAAUUUACAAUAUGUGAGAGGAUAUGCAUGUGGAAGAAGAGCAACGCUAAAAUAA